AUGCCGCUGCUGCCCGCCCGCGGGGCGGCUGAGGCGGGUGGCGAGGCGGGUGGCGGUGGCGGGGCCGGGCUCGGGCCAGGCGGCGGGCAGCUCCCGGCCAUGUGUCGGCCGGGGGUGCGCGGGCUCCUGGGCCGGGCGUGCCUGCUGCUGCUGCCGCCCUGCGCCCUGGUGCUGGCAGCCGUCCCCGGCUCCGCGUCCCACCCGCAGCCCUGCCAGAUCCUGCGGCGCAUCGGACACACCGUCAGGGUGGGGGCCACCCACCUGCAGCCCCGCGUCCCCGCCUGGCCUGGGGAAGCGGCGGACCGGCGGCGGGUGGGUGGCGGGCCCGAGGGGGUGGGCGCCGUAGGGCCGCGGGGCCGGCGGCCGGGGGACAGCGGCGGGGAGCGGCAGUCGCCCCCCUCGCCCUCCCCGCGGGACGCGCUGCUGCUGGCCGUGGCGAACCUCAACGGCAUGCCCGGUCUCCUGCCCUACAACCUGUCCCUGGAGGUAGUGAUGGCGAUCGAGGCGGGGCUGGGCGACCUGCCCCUCUUCCCCUUCUCUUCCCCCAGCGCCUCCUGGAGCAACGAUCCCGUCUCCUUCCUGCAGAGCCUCUGCCACACCGUGGUGGUGCAGGGGGUCUCCGCUAUCCUCGCCUUCCCGCAAAGCCGCGGGGAGAUGCUGGAGCUGGACUUCGUCUCGGCGGCGCUGCGCAUCCCCGUGGUCAGCAUCGUGCUGGGCGAGUUUCCCCGGCGGAGCCCGAAUCCCCUUCACCUGCAGAUGAGUUUAGAAAACUCACCAAGUUCUGAUGCUGAUGUCACUUUCUCAAUCCUUGCAAUGAACAACUGGUAUAAUUUCAGCCUGAUGCUAUGUCAGGAGGAGUGGAACAUCACAGAUUUUCUCUUCCUCACGCAACAGAGCCCCAAGUUCCACCUGGGAUCCAUUAUAAACAUCACAGCAAACCUCACUUCAACCAGUGAUCUUCUGAACUACUUACAGUUUUACCUGGAGAGCAUCAAAGACACAACAUCUACCAUGGUGAUGUUUGGAUGUGACAUGGAAAAAACACGAAGGAUUUUUGAAAUAACCACUCGGUUUGGUGUGAUGCCUCCAGAACUUCACUGGAUUAUUGGGGAUUCACAGAACGUGGAAGAACUGAGGACAGAAGGUUUGCCGCUCGGUCUCAUUGCUCACGGCAAGACAACUGUGUCAGUCUUUGAGCAUUACGUACAGGAUGCAAUGGAGCUGGUAGCAAGAGCUGUGGCAGCAGCCACCAUGAUUCAGCCUGAACUAGCUCUUAUUCCAAGUACAAUGAAUUGCAUGGACACAGAUGAAAGGAAUAUCACUCCAGGGCAGUAUUUGUCAAAGUUUUUAGCCAACACAACUUUUGAUGGUCUCAGCGGACACAUUAAGGUGAAAGGUUCCUCUGUUAUCAGCUCAGAAAACAAUUUCUUCAUCUGGAAUCUGCAGCAUGACCCUGUUGGGAACCCAAUGUGGACUCGUCUAGGGAGCUGGCAAGAAGGAAAGAUAAUCAUGGACUAUGGGAUAUGGCCAGAACAGGCCCAGAGACAUAAAAACCACAUGCAACACCCCACUCGGCUGCACCUCCGGGUGGUAACUCUUAUUGAACAUCCAUUUGUCUUUACAAGAGACGUAGAUGAAGAAGGUCUUUGCCCAGCAGGGCAGUUGUGCCUGGAUCCUUUGACCAAUGAUUCAGCCAUGCUGGAUAACCUGUUUGAAACCCUUCAAGGAGGGAAUGACACUGUUCCCAUUGAGCUGAAGAAGUGCUGCUAUGGCUACUGCAUUGACCUGCUGGAGAAGCUAGCUGAGGAUAUGAAUUUUGAUUUUGACUUAUAUAUUGUUGGUGAUGGAAAAUACGGAGCUUGGAAGAAUGGCCACUGGACAGGGCUGGUGGGAGACCUUCUUGCUGGUACAGCUCAUAUGGCAGUGACGUCAUUUAGCAUUAACACUGCCCGCAGCCAAGUGAUCGAUUUCACCAGCCCAUUCUUUUCAACCAGCUUGGGCAUCUUGGUGAGGACCAAAGACACAGCAGCUCCUAUUGGAGCCUUUAUGUGGCCACUUCAUUGGACUAUGUGGCUGGGGAUAUUUGUUGCUCUACAUAUCACAGCUAUAUUCCUCACCUUGUAUGAGUGGAAAAGUCCUUUUGGGAUGACCCCCAAGGGAAGGAACAGGAACAAAGUCUUCUCUUUCUCCUCUGCCCUGAAUGUCUGCUAUGCGAUCUUGUUUGGAAGAACAGCUGCCAUCAAACCCCCAAAGUGCUGGACUGGAAGAUUUUUAAUGAAUCUCUGGGCUAUUUUCUGUCUAUUUUGUUUGUCCACGUACACAGCCAACCUAGCUGCUGUCAUGGUAGGAGAGAAAAUCUAUGAGGAGCUUUCUGGAAUACAUGACCCAAAGCUCCACCACCCAUCCCAAGGGUUUCGCUUCGGAACUGUACGAGAGAGCAGCGCGGAAGACUACGUGAGGCAAAGCUUCCCAGAGAUGCACGAGUACAUGCGACGGUACAACGUCCCUGCGACUCCAGAUGGAGUGGCAUAUCUAAAGCAUGAUCCAGAGAAACUUGAUGCCUUCAUUAUGGAUAAAGCGCUCUUAGAUUAUGAGGUAUCAAUAGAUGCUGACUGCAAGCUUUUAACUGUGGGAAAACCCUUUGCCAUUGAAGGAUAUGGCAUUGGCCUUCCUCCCAACUCUCCACUCACCUCAAACAUCUCCGAACUGAUAAGCCAGUACAAGUCACAUGGUUUCAUGGAUGUUCUGCAUGACAAAUGGUACAAGGUUGUUCCGUGUGGGAAAAGAAGCUUUGCCGUCACAGAGACCCUGCAAAUGGGGAUAAAGCAUUUUUCUGGUCUCUUUGUGAUGUUGUGCAUUGGCUUUGGCUUGUCCAUUCUCACUACCAUUGGGGAACAUAUUGUGUACAGACUGGUCCUACCACGAAUCAAGAAGAAAUCCAAGAUGAAGUAUUGGCUCCAUACAAGUCAGAGGUUACAUCGUGCUCUGAAUAGUUCAUUUAUUGAGGACAAACGUCAGUCUAAGACAAAACGAGUAGAAAAGAGGUCCCAUGUUGGGAAUAGCCAGCAUGCUGUGUGGAAUACAGCUAAUUUGGGCAACUGCCACCGGAAAAAAUAUAUCUGCACUGAUGAAGGGCAAAACGAGGUGUCAGUUCAACACCACCAAGACAUUCCCCUGCCACAGGUGAGGAGAGAGACUCGAGCUUCUUUAACGACCAACGGGAAAGCAGAGUCCCUCAAUAUCAGUAGGACCUCAGUGAUGCAAGAGCUUGCAGAGCUGGAGAAGCAGAUAGAAGUCAUCAAGCAGGAGCUGCGACUUGCGCUGGACAGGAAGUCAGAGCUUGAAGAGUAUCAGAGGACGAACAGGACUGCAGAGCCCUAG